AUGACGAAGAAAAGGGGAAAUCAUCAUCAGUAUCCUCAAUAUCCUUUACUCCCUACUGAUAUUCAUAAAAGAGCAAUCAAUUUCCAGGCUGUGAGUAUUGUUUCUUCAUUAAUACAACCUCUUCAAAACCUAGAUACUCUGAAGUACAUCGAUAAAAGAGUUAGCCGGGAUGAUAAACUUCCAUGGGUUCAGAGUAUAAUUAGAAAAGGCUUUACAGCACUUGAAAAGCUAUUGAAAGAACACACUGGGAGGGGGGAUACAUUUUUAGCACCUCAGUUACAUGCUGCAUCUAAGAGAUUCAACAUUGACAUGAAUGAGUUUCCUAUUCUUUCAAGACUACAUGAGACAUAUUAUGAUAUCCCGACAUUCCGAGAGACUUUGCCAGCGAAUCAGCCAGAUGCAGUAGGCCAGCUGAGUCAAUGA